AUGGCGAAUGCGAGGGGUACAAACCUCUCGAGGAGCGGAACACCAAGCGCGACGAAUCCAGGGCCAUCACAGGCCCAGAAGAAACCAGCGACGAGGGCAAACUCGCCCAAAGAAUACGUAUACAUGAACAAGAAACAGCUAUACGAGUGUGGACAAGAAAAGGGAGCAUGGGAGACAGCCACGGCGCACGACGCGUGCGAAGGGCUGCACCAAAAAGGUGCGUUCAUCACCGACUACGAAGAGGGCGUCACCCCCAGUGUGCAACAAAUUGCGAUGACGGUGCUGCGAAUGGGGGCGGACCUACAGAGCCGCGACGUCAACAUGGCCUGGUGCUGCAGGGCAGUGGCGAGGCUAUUGGACGAGGUAGCGAGAGACGCGGCAGAGGCGAUAGACAGGAAGAUGAACAGAGUGCUCGAAAUUCUCGAGGAGGCGGAGGGAGGUGUAGCAGGGGGAGACGCAGCAAAGUGGGGGAGACGGGGGGGGAAGGAAUAG